UGAAAGAGGAAAGAGACAAGUCCUAUUACAGCAUCAGCCUAAAAGUAUUGCAGAUGAAUAAUAUCUUCUGGAGAGGGCGUUCCUUUUUCUAAAACAGGGAUGAUUCACGGGCUCGAGCCAGUGUGUGAUGCGACUCCACGCAGAAAACUAUCUGACAAUCAUUCAUCACAAUAACUGUUCUGUGGCACACCACUGAAAUGAGCACAAAAAAUUCCACAAGACUGCAUGAGCCUGACAGGCGGAUGCAGGUGAAGAGUUGACUGCGAAAGAGGAUCUAUUGCAUAAUCAGACGGAGCACAAAGAGAGGCAGUGAGGGCGCUUCAUUUUGAACUAUGGCGGUGUAACUUACCGAUACAUUUUGAUUAUUGGAAAACGUGACAUCUUGGAGAACAGCGACGAAUUACUGGAUGAGGAUAAAAACCAUCCUGCAUCAAAACUUUGAAGUUUAAAUAGUCGCUACCAGGGGCUGCCUGCAUUUUUAGGCUACUACCUGUGCUAUCAAUUAACACUAAUCUGACUCGCUUCUGUCAUUUGGUAGGGCUUUUAAACCAAAAUUGGAAGCUUUUGGAGGUAGGCUAUUUGUUUGUGCAGGUUACUCAACUGCAGUCUCAGAAGCCGUUCAAAUGCUGGAAUGGAUUGGUGCUGCUUGUUUUAUGGUUUUAAUGGCCAUUCUCUGGCCAGUGGUGAAGUGUUUUGGAGCGGAGAGUCACUCCACGCUGCUGCUUCCACGGCGAGAGAGCAGAAGACCCGCGGAGAGAUGCGACUCGAAACUAGAGGGACAAGGUGAAUCAGACGCGCUCGCCUUGAUAUGCAAACCCUCAGCGCUGGCAAACUACCUUCUCAAACAUUGCAUGAGUUUUUGCAAGUCUUUAUCGAUACCAAAAUGGAACUGGCGAAUGAGUUCGUCUUUGCAGACUGUUUUCGGCGCUUUGUGGCCGUUUGACUGUCCGGUGCAUUUCAUCCGAGAUCAUUUGCAGUUGGGUGAUGAUGGACUCGUGGCGUUGGACUGGGCUGUUGUUGGCGCAGCGCAUUACAAGAGGCGCAGGACGUCCAGUAAUUCCACAAGUCCAGUUCUGCUCAUCAUUCCCAACCCUUUUGGGAAAAUCACCAGGAAUGUGCUAAAGCUCUGUGAGGCAGCUCUGAGUCACGGCUACCUUCCUGUGAUCUUCAACCGCCGGAGUCAGAACGGGACGCCGCUCUGUACUGUGAAGCUGCAGCAGUUCGGUGACCCAACUGACCUGCGGGAAGCGGUACGCUACAUUCGGUACCGACAGCCAGCGGGUCAGAUCUACACCGUGAGUGAGAGCACCGGUUCAGGACUCCUGCUGUCCUACUUGGGCGAGUGCGGCUCCUCCAGCUACGUGACGGCUGCGGCCUGCCUGUCUCCAGUUUUCCGCUGCCAGAGUUGGUUUGAGAGUGGCCCGACCUGGCCGUUCCACUGGGCUCUUGUGCUUUACCAAAAAAUCUGCCUCAGCAGGUACAAAACGGUGCUCGGAGAGCUUGUCCACACAGACAGCUUAUUCUCCAGCUGCUCUUUGAAGGCAAUGGAGGAGGCACUGUUCUGUCAUUCUGGCUUAAAAGGGACGAUGGAAGGGGCAGGUAGCUGGGAGGCGUACUGGGAACAUAACGAUCCUCUGAGGGACAUAGAUGAAGUGGCCAUUCCUGUUCUGUGUGUGUGCAGCCAGGAUGACCCUAUCCGAGGGGAGCCUCAGGCCACGCUACCGUUAGAGCUUUUUGAGAGCAACCCACAUUUCUUCCUGCUUUUGACUGCCCACGGAGGCCACUGCGGAUUCUCCACAUCAGACGAGGGCCCGAUCGUCUGGAGCCACCAGGCUGUACUGGAGUUCUUUCGGGCCACCACUGAUUUCUUCGCCGCGGAGGAGCGCGCCAAGCUGGUGGCCCGGCGGAGGGGUCUGAGCGGGGCUGGCAAGACUUUCCGCCAUCGCAGUGUCAGCACAUGCAAAAAACUACCCGUCUGCUCGCAUAACAUUCACGCCAUUUACAACUGGCAGAGGUCCUACACCAGAUGAUGAUGUGCUCAGAGGGUCCUCACUUUUUUUGGGAUUACAGAGAGACUGAAAUAGCCAAGAACACUGCCAGAAAAGGAUAAAUUGGAACCCUUUGUCUGACCUGCUGUUCGUUGCAGCCAAGAAAACCAGCAGCCGAGUCAAAAUAUCUCUGUUUACAUUCAGGACUAUUCAGAAUUUGGACUACCUCUGUCAACAGACAGACAGCGCCUGUCUUUGAGGAUGUAAAAACAUUUGAUUUUUGUGAAGAAAAAUAUUAAAACU